AGACAGAAAAAAGAGAGACAGGGUCCAGUCCAGAAGUAGGGAGUGUUUGUGUGGGGCAAUGUAAUUCUACGCGGAGAUUUUCUUUUUUCUCUUUUUGUUUCCUUUUCUUUAAUUUUCCCGUUGCUUCCAUCAUUUUUUUUUCUCUCUCACUCCCUUCACUUUCUCUCGCUUUCUCACUGUCCGUUGGAACCAAACAGUUCUCUCUCUCUAAACUAUCGCGCAUUUGCUUUUGCUUCUCUCUCACACUUGCUGAAAAUAAUAUGAGCAAACUGCGCAUUACAUUUCACCACCGGUUAUGAAUCCCACCACCGAACCAUCACAACUUCAGCCGCCACAACCGCCACAGCCCCACCGUCCUUCCACCUCUUGUGACCGUCAUCCCGACGAGCAUUUUACUGGCUUUUGCCCCUCAUGCCUCUGCGAGCGCCUCGCCGUGCUCGAUCAUUCUUCAAACUCCGCUUCUUCUUCUUCCCGGAAACCACCCAUCCCUACUACCAGCACCGCCACCGCUGCUCUUAAAGCCAUUUUUAAGCCUUCUGGUGGGAGCGGUACUUCUAAGCCUUCGUUUUUCCCCGAGCUCCGCCGCACCAAGUCGUUUUCCGCCUCUAAAAACGAGGGAUUCUCUGGUGUUUUUGAGCCGCAGAGAAAAUCCUGCGACGUUAGGGUUCGUAGCACUCUUUGGUCACUUUUUUAUCAAGACGACGAGCGAAACCCUUCUAAAAGGGAGUCGUUUAAAGGUCCUGAGAUUGAAGUUGAGUCCAGAAUUUCUUCUUCCAGUGUAAAGAACGACACAGUUUUUGAGUCUAAAGAAGAAGACGAAAUCGAAUCCGACAGUGAUAAUGAGAGGGGAACUGAGAGCGGAGACAUUAUCAGGGUUUUAGACGAGCCCAUUUUAACUGCAAGGAACUCCAACGCAAACCCAAUUGAAGAAAUUAUUGAAGAAGAGGAACCGGAAUCAGAAGCCAUUGUUAUAGAGCCAGAGCAACUGCAAGAGGAGGAGCUAAAGCCCAUGAAAGACCACAUAGAUCUCGAUUCGCAAACGAAGAAACCUUCAGGAAGAGAUUUUAAAGAAAUUGCAGGUAGUUUCUGGUCUGCUGCUUCAGUUUUCAGCAAGAAGCUGCAGAAAUGGAGGCAAAAACAGAAGCUGAAAAAACGAAGGAAUGGUGGGCCAGGGUCGGCCACAUUGCCGGUGGAGAAGCCGAUUGGGCGUCAAUACAGAGAAACCCAGUCGGAAAUUGCGGAUUACGGGUUCGGUAGAAGAUCUUGCGACACGGAUCCGAGAUUCUCGCUCGAUGCAGGAAGGAUAUCGUUUGAUGAUCCUCGUUAUUCUUUCGACGAGCCCCGUGCUUCGUGGGACGGGUAUUUGAUUGGAAGAACAUUUCCAAGAAUGCCUACUAUGGUUUCUGUUGUUGAAGAUGCUCCUGUUAAUAUGGUUUUAAGGUCUGAUACUCAAAUCCCAGUUGAAGAACCACCGCAGCCAAUGCCUAUGAAUUCAAUCCAUGAAGAUGAAACUGUUCCUGGUGGCUCUGCUCAAACCAGAGACUAUUAUUCUGAUUCUUCUUCUAGGAGGAGAAGAAGUCUUGACAGGUCUAGUUCUAUUAGGAAGACUGCUGCGGCUGUUGUUGCUGAGAUCGAUGAGCUAAAAUCUUCUUCUGCUUCUGUUUCUAAUGCAAAAGUGUCACCAGCAACUGUUGACUACUUUCAAGGACCUAAAUUGGUUGUUCCGGAUAGGGAUUCCAACUCCAAUUCUAAUUCUUUAAGAGAUGAUUGCUCUGAGACUUUUGAAAUGGGCUUUAGAGAUAAUGCCUCUGUGGUGGCGAAUGGUGAAAGGAAAGGGGCUAAGAAGUCGCGUAGAUGGGGCAAGGCAUGGAACAUUUUGGGGUUUAUACACCGGCGAAAUGUGAACAAAGAUGAAGAUGAAGAUAGGUAUAGCAGAGCAAAUGGAGUUGAAAGGUCAUUUUCAGAGUCUUGGCAAGAAUUGAGAGGGGAACGUGAUGGUGAGGUGAGAGGGGGUUUUAAUCCAAAGAUUUUGAGGAGCAAUAGCAGUGUUAGUUGGAGAAAUUCAAAUGGUUUUGGCUUUAGUGGUGGUGGUGUUGGUGGUGGAUCAUUUGGUAGUGCAAGAAAGAGCAAUGUUGAAACUAAUGGGAAUGGAAGAAAGAAAAGAGAAGAGUUUGUGUUGGAGAGGAAUAGAAGUGCAAGGUAUUCGCCAAAUAACAUCGAUAAUGGACUGUUAAGGUUCUACUUGACACCGCUGAGGAGUAGCCGGAGAGGUGGCUGGGGAAAGAGUAAGUCCAGUCAUGCACAAUCCAUUGCAAGGAGUGUAUUGCGAUUGUACUGAAUUCCAAACAAAGUCCAUAAGGUGUUUCUUUGGUUUAAUGUUGUUAAUUUUGAUGCUGCAUUUGUUGUGUAAGCACACAUGCCUAAUGUAUUAUUCUUCAUGAGUUGGUUGGUUGGUUGGAUUAAAAAAAAAAAAACAAAAAAACAAACAAAAACAGAAGCAUCCUUAAAUUUGUUGCCUUUCCUGUGAGUUGCAUUUCUUCUUCUCAAAUUAUUCAAAUAACAAGAUUUUUUCUUGUGUUAUUA